AUGGCAGACGACCACCCCAAGGUGCCAGACCCUAUGGACCCCGACAGAAUGGUGUCCACCAAGGCGGCGAAUCGCCCGUUCCUCGGGUACUCCGAGUAUCGCACCAGACGCGAGAAGGAACAUGCGGCUUGGCUGCAGCGCAAGAAGGAGCGAGAGGAGAAGCUGGCCAAGGGAGAGGAAGUUGGGCCGGACGAACCCGAUCCCACUGAGGAGCCCGAGGUUGGGUGUCUAGGCCUCCUCAAGUUCAUCCUAUAUGCCAUCUUGUUUGUGCUCCUCGCAGGUAAAUUCAUUACCGGCAGCUUCCUAUGGGAACAGGAGCUGCCUAACCUCAGGAAACUGAUCCCGGUGGGUGCUUGUCUGCAGCCAGAUGAUGGCGAACCCUUCAUUCAUCUCCCGCCUGACUCGUUGCAGACAAAUCAGCGGCUAUUUUCCGAGGGCAUGCUCACGACGUUUGAUGGCACCAACGACUUGAAGCCUGUCUAUAUUGCUAUUGAUGGGGACGUGUACGAUGUGAGCCCCAGCCGCCUGACAUACGGUCCUGGUGGGCCAUACCACAUGCUCGCUGGUAGAGACGCCGCGCGGGCUUUUGGAACAGGAUGUUUCGCCACGCACCUUACACAUGACCUUCGUGGACUCGGCGAGGAUGAGCUGAGGGGCGUGGAAAACUGGAAAUUAUUCUAUGCUGAACAUAAGAAAUACGUCAAGGUCGGACGUGUAUCUCAUCCACCAAUCGACCCUUCGAGUCCGAUACCCGAACAUUGUGAUCCGAAGAAAGCUAAGGCGGCUCGGAGCCCCGAACAAGUGGAGAGUAUAAAGCAUGGCAUAAAGCACGGACAUGACGAAUUAUAG